AUGGCGCAAAACCAAACCACAAGCCCCGUCGCUGCUGUGGCUCCCAUACAACCGUCCUCCAAGGGCUCGACCGCCGCCCCCAAGCUCAACAACGAGAUGGAGAUGGGCAGUCUGCCCGCUGACGGGGUCCCUUUGGGCGCCGGCGACAUCAUGCAGCUGGCUCGUGUCGGCGAUGUCCCCGGCAUGGAGAAGCUGUUCGAGUCCCAGGAAUACGAUGCCACAUACACCGAUGACGAGGGUAUAACGCCCCUACACUGGGCCGCCAUCAACAAUCAAUAUGCCAUGUGCAAGUUCCUCAUCGAGAACGGCGCCGAGAUCAACAAGAAGGGCGGCGAGUCCGUGGCCACCCCGCUCCAAUGGGCUGCCCAGCGAUGCCAUUACUACACAGUCCACCUGCUUCUACAGCAUGGGGCCGACCCUCUCAUCACCGACGCGCAAGGAUACAACACGCUUCAUAUAAGUACCUUCAACGGGAACGUCUUCUUGAUUGUCCUUCUGCUGCACAGCGGCAUUCCCGUCGAUGUGCUCGACUCCUUCGGCCACACCGGCCUCAUGUGGUCCGCAUACAAGGGAUUCCCAGCCUGCGUGGACGUCUUUCUACGAUGGGGUGCCAAUGUUCAUGCAACGGAUGAGCAAGGGUUCACAGCACUACACUGGGCACUGGUGAAGGGCAGCCCAGGCUGCGUGCAAAAACUCAUUGAAUAUGGCGCGGAUCGGUUCGCCAAAACACAGACCGGAAAGACACCAGCUAUCACGGCGCAGGAACUCAACACUCUAGGAGCAUGGCAUAAGGCGCUAAAGGAGUGUGGUUACGAUGAAGAUGGCCAUGCUGUCAACCCGUGCUUCCCCGGGGCAACGUACUUGCUGAAGGACAAGCGCGGGUUUGUCACCAAGUUCACCUUCCUGUGGCCGUUUGUGAUGGUAUGGGCUAUGAUUGUAGUCCUGGCUGGGAUGCCUGUAUUUGCGGCUGUGCCGUUAUCGUUACUAGCUGGUUACACGCUACAAUGGGUGGCCGUUCGUGUCUUGGAGCACGCACCGCCAGACAUGCGGCAGUUUCAAAGAACGCCCUGGCUCGCAGGAAUCUUUGCAGCGUCGUUAUUCUGGAUUGGCAUGAAUUGGUUCUUCACCAUCCUGCCCAACACUACAUUCAAAGCUGGUACGCUAUCCGCCAUGGAGAUUAAAGCACUUGCUGAUGACGACUAG